CGAACAAUUCUCGCUGUGGGCCAUGCGGUGGGCUAUUCGAUAAUUUUCUUGUGCUGGUUAACAAUUAUUUCAAGAGAUUGCCCUCAACGACUCAAGACUAUUUCAACCUAUUUUUCAUUUAAUGUACGUACAAUGAAUCCUCCAAAUCAAUUUGCAUUGAUUGGUGGUGACAGUGCCUUUGCAGACAGGCAAAAACGUUUGUCUGAUCAACUUUCGAUCGCAGAGAAGCAAUGCAACAAGGACAAGAAUACAGGUACUGAUCAUCCGAUGGAAAUUGAAUCUUGUACCAAUGAUAAUGAAGGAGUACGACUAUUCGAAACCGGCACGAAGCCUGAAAGUGAGACAAUGCAGUUUUGUGACCAAGAAAGUAUUUUUAAAAGGCCUCUAGGUCCUGCACCACGAUCUGCUUCUCGCAGAAUCCCUGAUCACCGUAGAAAUCCUCAUAAGUGGCGGAAAUAUAGCCUGGAGAAUGUUUCCAGUUAUGACAUGAGCGAUUCCAGCAAUACCAAAUCUGCCGUGGAAAUUCUCGUGGAAUUGAGAGCCCAAAGAGCAAAAGAGAAAAGUUUGAACAAUUUGGAUUCUCCAAUGGAGUCUGAUGACAACACUGAUCCUAAUUCAUACUUCAUCCCAUUCAAGCCCCCACAUGCCCUAGCAGGUGUCCGAUUCAAGAAGCUGUCAUAUACUGAACGAUCAGUUAAGAAAAAGCCAGCGGUGGUUGUGGAGCGUGAGGAAAAGCCCAUUUUUCUAAAUACUAAAGUUGUGAUGCCUGAAUAUGUUGUUGGUCAAAAGAAAAAGAGAAAAGGUAGAGGAAAGAAAAGAACUUCAGAGUUGAAAGUUGAGCGCACCAAGGAACUGAAAUUAAAUCACUUGGAGGAGUUUGAUAAGGAAGAUGACCAAUAACUAACACCUGCCUAUAACAUUAACAUUAACAUUAACAUUUGGCUGUAAUAAAUUAUAUUCGUACCAUA